AUGCCAUUGAUCAUGGAGGAAGGUAUCAAUGUCGACGACCUCUUUGGUGAGGCCCAUUCGUUGGAUCUGGGGUUAACGCCGGCACCCGCCCCGCCCACCAAAGGGCUGGCCCAAUGCCUCGAUGAGAUGCGCCUGCUGGGCUGUCGCCAGAAGGUGGCCUGGUCCCGGCUGGGAGGCAUUGCCUAUAUCCCCUCGGAUGGAGUCCGAGUAUGUGUGCGGAACCUUCAAUGCCGUUCCUCAGAUGGCAAAUGGGUGUUAAGUGACGAAUUCCCGCUGGGACCUGUCACCGAAGCCCAUAAUGGCAACCUACUGCUCCAUCUGUCCUGGAAUGAUGCUGGAUCGGAGCUAGCCGUGGUUGACUGCCUCGGACGGAUCUCCAUAUAUUCGGUCUUCAUGGCCCUCGAUAAUAUUACAGGGCUGCGCCAGGCGACCUACGACUCAAGUGAUGAUAGUAACCAGAUUGUGGGCCUGAUGUGGCUCAAUCCUGGUCGUCAGGUUCAUGCUUUCCAGCAAGCAGCCAAAGUGAAUAAUAGAUGGGCCCAUUCACCAUUUCGUUGGCGCCCGACUCACCCUUCCCAUCCUGCAGGGAAAAGCUCGUUGAUCUCUGUCACGCGAGCAGGCCAAAUCAAGCUUAUCUACCAGAAUAUGGAUGGCAGGUGGGCAGAACUACCUGCAGAGUUGAAGAACACCGGCUAUUCAGAUCGGUUAUUGACACAUGCGGCUAUGGUCGCCACCCAAGGAACCAUCCUGCUUGCCACUUAUUCGGUAUGCCAGAAGGUCUGUCUAUAUCGUGUGGAGAUUAGCUGGAAUCCCAACAAGUGGGACCCGGCCGCGAUCAGAACCCCCAGUAAAUGGCCUAUCCCCUCCCUCCGCCUCCUCCAUUACAAAAUCGAUAUGCCUAGCAGCAUCUUGAGCGUCAACCCUGGCUCGGGAGAGCAUACAAAUCAGCUAUUCACGUUCCCUAACUCUGUUUACUCGUUGACCCGGCUCGAGGUCAUACCGGGACAGGUUGAUAGCCCUUCGGGACCAACUACUAGUCCAUGGAUCCUGGCGGUCUUCUCCAAGCCUCUUCAUGCCACGCCAGAAUAUCCAGAUCAACAAGGCCCACUGAGUGUGAUUGUUCGGUGGCAACUCGAGUCUGCACAGCAGGCAUUCCACCCCAAGUUCGACGAAGUUGCAUCUAGGAAGAAUAAUGCACAGGCCAAGCCGAAAAUAGAGAUGCGCCGACUCGACGACAUACAUUUGGAUAAAUAUAUUAUCUCGGUGGAUCUGGUGGAGCAUGUUACUGCUCCAGCUCUUGCACUUACUCACGAUGAUAGUUCUGUCACCUUCUAUGAUACAAAGACAAUGGCAAUCUUCAAUGGGCUGGACGAUGCAAACACAGUGAAUUGCCUAGCGCAGGCAGGGUUCCAGUACCCAAUGGAUAUACCAGGACUUUCUAUCACGUUCUCUCCCAACUCCUGCGCUGCUGUGGCAUUGGAUAGCGAGGGCCAGCCUAGGUUGAGAUGGAUGGAGCACACCUUCGGAUCUACCGGUGGUCUCUACGAUGAGAGUAAAUUCUCUGCUGCAAUUGCGGGAUUAACUCUGGCGUUUAGCCGAGGGUCUGGUAGCGAUGCUAAUACCGACGACAUUCUGAUGAUGGUGUUGGGCCAGCUUUCUCCCGAAGCUCAAUCCACCUUCCUUGGUGAAGUGUACCGUGCAUUAUCGGUCAAUUGCAACUUCACGGUCGAACAGGAAAAGCUGUUGACCCAUGCAUAUAUUCCGCGGGCUUUAAGCUUACAAGCAAGCUUGGGCUUCAAGGGAAGAAUCAAGCCCCGCAGUCUCUCAUCAGCCGUGUCCUGGGCCAUUUUGCAGCUUCGCCAUUCCUCGGUGCUUUACGCAGCCUACUUCCAGAACGGCAAAAACAUGCCUGCUGAGGCCCACGAUUCAGGAAUCCUACAUGCGCUCUUAGGAAACACAAGAUGGGCACUGGAUUUCUCCCACUACAUUCUGAGCGAAAUAUUUGAUCUAGCCGACGACUUUGAAAGCGUCUUCGAUGACACAGAAGCUUUCACCCAAAAAUUGAAAACCACAACAUCCCUACCCCUUCUCAUCCUCCUUUCCAGCAUGUCCCGCGCCUUCAUGCGCUUCAUCUGCCGCGGUCUACGCGGCGUCCGCAAUGGCUUCGAACAAAUAAACCCGGCAAUGCUAGAGGCCGAAUCACGCUUCUACUACAUUGAGAUCUGCCAGGCACUUGAGACCUCGCCAGUCCGCGUCGACAUCUACGAGAAAUUCCUAGCUGGCGUCGACUCCGCUGUGAAGCAUGCCUACCAGGGCUCCGGUUUCGGGGACGCAGAGCGGCCAAGCCCAGAAAAAGAACUCCUUGUGAACGCGCGGAUCCCGCCCGUCCUCGUCUCAGCUGUAGAAACGCUCCUCAGCCAGACCGUGCCCUCGAUCAGAGCGGAGAUCAACCGCAAGGACAUUGUGCUGGGCGACUACAGCUGGCUCGGGUUCGGGAAUGACCCGCGCACGGUGAUGUACCGCAAGCGCCGUGACGUUGACAUCCUCAUGAAACUCCCGCUGCGGCCUAUGCCUUCGGGCCAAGAUGCUUCUGGCGCACAGGUGCAGCGGAGGCGCCGCUGUGUGCGCUGCUGCGAGGUCUCGGGAGAUGGAGGUCGGCCUAGGACGGGGCCGUGGACGAAGAUGAUGCAUAGGCUUAAUCUGCUGCGGACUUGCGCCUGCGGUGGCGCGUGGGUAUUGGACGCGUCUGAACCUGCUGCGGCUGCGGCUGGUCAGAGUGCUGGGGCCUUGGGGCAGGCCCAUGCGCCGGCGUCGAGAGCUGUGACUGUUCUAAGGUCUGGGUAG